CGUACUAUUACUACUACUCCUUAUUGUUAGUCCACGAUCACAUAGCACAUUUCGGGCAUACAAUGGCUUUGGCUGCUCGGCUAAUUAUUUGCCAAGUUAAGUCAAACAAACCAGUGGUUGGCCAAAGAGACGAAACGGUCCCUUCGCUCCCGGUUCAGAAGACGAGGUUGACGAAUACGUCUGGGAUAACCACGGAUAGUGGAAAGAUUAUGUUGCAGCCAAGAGUGUGCACACUUAGAUCAUAUGGUUCGGAUCCUUUUGGAGUGGUGAAAACACGGAAUUACGUGGACGGAGACGAAGGCGAUGGUGACGAUGUGUCUCGAUUCUUUGGAAUGCUUUCUGAGUACAUUGAGAGCUCCAAAAAAAGCCAAGAUUUUGAAAUCAUAUCCGGUCGUCUAGCCAUGAUGGUAUUUGCAGGGACAGUUACAAUGGAAGUUGUGACAGGUAACUCAUUAUUCCGUAAGACGGAUUUACAAGGGAUUGCAGAGGCUGUUGGGGUGUGUUUGGGUGCUGUAGCUUGUGCUGCAACUUUUGCUUGGUUCUCUAGUGCUCGUAAUAGAGUUGAUGGGAUCUUCUCCGUUCGUUGCAACACCUUUAUCGAUAAUCUUAUUGAUCAAGUUGUUGACGGGAUGUUCUAUGAUAUCGACCCUAGUGAUUGGUCGGACGAUCUUUGAAACGCAAAAAUCGAGAAUGGAAGACGAAGAAAUGAGGUAUUUGGAUGAUUGAGUUAUCAUCUAGUAUGUGUAUUAAUUGUGUAUAAGAAAAUUUGUAUAGGUCAUUAAUUAAGAUGGUUUAUGUACGUUAAGAUGAACUUGAUAAACCAUUAAAUGUAGAUUCAAAAGGAGAAAUAUAGAUGACUGUAAUUUAUACUUUAUUAUAUAGAUAUUGACAUAUACUACUACUUUAUAUA